GGUCCAGCGAUUGAAACUGCGGCUGAUUGAAACCCAGCGACAUUGGCAAUGCGGCAGGCAUUAUGGUGCAGGCGUCCUUUCCUCCUUCCUUCAUCGCGACCAUCUUGUUCAUCACCAUAGGGGGGCUUGGCAUCUUCCAAUUGGCAGACAAGGUCCGAUUUGCCCUUGGUCCUUCCUUCUGGUCUUUGGACGCUGUUUGUCCGGCAGAUGGUAGCGUGAAGGGUGGUUUUGCCUGCGAUGGAGGCACAGUUGCACGGAGGUCAGCUUACAACAUCUCGGGCGCUGAACAAGUGCGCCGCUUGAGCAGUGUGACAAGCUGUGACUUUGACCACGUAGCAGCUCUUAGCCACGGGUCGCUUUGGCCACCGACCAAGCCCAUGCUGUUGCCAGCCCCCACAGGUUGGUCGUUGGAGCAAUUCCGUAGAGAAAGCUUUGUGGAACGUUUCAAGACUUGGCGUUGGCCAUUGAGCACUUUUCUGCGUGAUCCGUGGCUCACUUUGGUGGACCAGAAGGGCUCAGUGCGCUCCAGAGCGGUGGAAGUGUCCUUAGAGGAGUACCUGCAGCUUCGCAAUGUCACGGGGCGCAACAUUUUUCUGUUCCUUCGAGAUGAGAGCGCUCUAAAGGAGGGCCCGGAGCGUGCAGAGCUCCGACAUCGAUUUUUUGAGACCUUGGAACUGGAGCUGCCAGCGAUGUUUCGCACUGCGCUGCGCAUCUUCGCUAUGGAUGGCUUGGCCUCGGGCCACGGGAUGCAUCGCCACAAAGAAGCAUUCCUGGCCUCGCUGGCAGGGCGCAAGCUCUGGUGGGUGGCGCCUCCCCAUGAAUCCGGCAUGGCUGGGGGACGCCCCAGCUUUCCCUACAAGGAGCUGACACCUGAAGAGGGCGGUUGGCCCUGCUCUUGGCUUCUACAGGAGGACUUGGUGCCUCCAGGGGUCCUUCGCUGCGUGCAAGGGCCUGGUGAGGUGAUGCUGCUUCCAGCUGAUUGGUGGCACAUGACAUGCUCGCUGGACGAGUUCAACAUUGCGGUGGGUGGGCAAGAGGCUUGAUGGGAAUCAGCACCGGUGAGGCUCUGUGAGCCAUGUCCUCUCGAUGAAUGAAGCGGUUGCCAGCUGGAGGCGUGUUUUGCGCUCGGAGCCGGCUGACGGGAUGAGUCGAGAGGAGCGCACUUCCGGUGAAAAA